UAAGGUAAGCCCUCCAGUCUGUUCUGUACGUGGCAGCGGUUCCAAACCCUCCCCGCUGCACUAUUCAUAACCCCUGGAGGUGCCAAGUGGAUUUUUGUGCACGCCAGAAAGCGUGACAGUGUUCUUUUAAAGACGCCAGAGAGGUGCACAGAAGGUUGCGGAACAGGACAAAAUGAGGAACUCAUGGUUUUGGAUCUCGUGGAUUUGGCUCUGGUGCUGCUGCUGCUCUACACACGGGGAUAUCUUUACCUCCAUUGGACAAAUGACUGAUCUACUCUACACAGAAAAGGAGCUGGUCCAGUCUCUGAGAGAAUAUAUCAGAGCUGAGGAGUCCAAGCUGGCUGCUGUCAAAAGUUGGGCAAGCAAACUUGAUGCUCUGACAAAAGUUUCCACUUCGGACCCUGAGGGCUACCUGGCCCAUCCAGUGAACGCCUACAAACUGAUGAAAAGGCUCAACACAGAGUGGUCUGAACUGGAGACCCUGGUGCUUCAGAAUCCCUCGGAUGGCUUCAUCGGCAACAUCUCCAUACACAGACAGUACUUUCCUGAUGCGGAGGAUGAGACAGGCGCUGCCAAAGCUUUGAUGCGUCUUCAGGACACAUAUCAGCUGGAUUCAGAAGCGUUCUCCAAAGGAAAACUCCCAGGUGUUCACUCCAGCGCUGUCCUGACUGUGGAUGAUUGCUUCGACAUGGGAAAGACAGCCUACAACGACGCAGACUAUUACCAUGCUGUUCUGUGGUUUCAGCAGGCUCUGAAGCAGCUGGACGAUGGAGAGGAAUCUGUGGUCACCAAAGCAGAAAUCCUGGACUACCUCAGCUACUCUGUUUACCAAAUGGGUGACAUACCUCGAGCCAUUGAGCUCACACGCCGGCUUGUAGCCAUCGACCCCACCCAUGAGAGGGCAGGAGGGAACCUCCGUUACUUUGAGCGACUGCUGUCCAGACAGCUUAAUGAGAUGAACCAAGCCUAUCAACCUGCCUCAGAGGAACCCAUCCACCUGGGGACCUACAUUCGACCAAAGGACCAUCUGCCAGAGAGGGAAGCAUAUGAGGCUUUGUGCAGAGGAGAGGGGCUCCAAAUGACUGAAGCAAGGAGGAGCCGUUUGUUUUGUCGCUAUCAUGAUGGUAGUAGGAACCCUCGUCUCCUGCUGAAGCCAAUGAAGGAAGAGGAUGAGUGGGACAGCCCCCACAUUGUUCGCUACCUGGAAAUGCUGUCAGAUCAGGAAAUUGAGAAAAUUAAGGAGCUGGCAAAACCCAGGCUUGCCAGAGCUACUGUCCGUGAUCCCAAAACAGGAGUUCUGACCACAGCUAACUACAGAGUAUCAAAAAGUGCAUGGUUGGAAGGAGAAGAGGACCCUGUAAUUGACAGAGUUAAUCAGAGAAUAGAAGACAUCACUGGCCUCACAGUACAAACUGCAGAGCUACUUCAGGUUGCAAACUAUGGAGUUGGAGGACAGUAUGAGCCACAUUUCGACUUUUCAAGGAAAGAGGAGCCUGAUGCUUUCAAAAGGUUAGGCACUGGAAAUCGUUUGGCGACAAUUUUAAACUACAUGAGUGAUGUUGAGGCGGGAGGUGCUACAGUCUUCCCUGACUUUGGGGCCGCAAUCUGGCCUAGAAAGGGAACAUCAGUGUUCUGGUAUAAUCUCUUCAGAAGUGGAGAAGGAGACUACAGAACCAGACAUGCAGCCUGCCCAGUACUUGUAGGAAGUAAAUGGGUGUCGAACAAGUGGAUACAUGAGCGUGGACAAGAGUUCAGGAGACCAUGUGGCCUCACAGAAGUGGACUGAAGCUCACCCCAAGCUUGCUUCCCCUCAUUAGUGCCUGUUUUUGGCUAAAUGAUAAAACAUUUGAACUUGUUUGUAUAACUAACAAAUGGUUUGCAGAGGGUCCUUCAUCCAUCUGGUGAUGGAGAGUUCAGCGUUUGAGAAUCUUUUUAACACCCAUUCCAUAUGUUUAUUUAAUGAGAAGAAGAAUAAAAGAAAACAAUUUACAUUUAACAUAAAAACAUGAUCAAUGCUAAACCAGUUUUUAUUUUCAUAAAUUCACAUCUCUUUUAAAAUGGUUAAGCUUGUUUUUUUUAAGGACUAAAACUACAACUUAAGCUUACAGUUAAACAUUUUUCACUACUUGUGCAACUUCAGUAGUAUUAGGUGAGCUACAGAGGACCCAAUGUCUAAUUCAUAUGAUGUUUGUACAGUAGAUGUGCUAAGUCUAUGUUUUACCAGCUAUAUGCAUUUAUGGUUUACUGUGAAUAGUAGCUUUUUAUCUGGUGCUUGUGAACUUCAACACUAAUAGCAAUAAUUUUCUAUUCUCAUGGUGAUUUGGGCUAAAAAUACAUUAUUUCUUCAGGAAAUCAUACAGCAAAACACUGUCUACAAAUUAUGUGCAUUAUGUUUUUAUUUAUAAUGUGCUUAAAUUAUGAAAUGUUUGUUUUCUCAUUCCCCAAGUUGGCAGUCAUUAAAAGCCAAUAAACAAUGUGUUUUAUUUGAA